CAAACCAAAGAGAGGGUGAAGUUGUUGAUACAGCUGGCUGAUGGCUUUUGUGAAAAAGGGCAUGCUCAUGCAACAGAGAUUAAAAAAUGUGUCACAGCAGUGGAUAAGAGGUACAGAGACUUUUCCCUGCGCAUGGAGAAAUACAGGACCUCUUUAGAGAAAGCUCUGGGUAUUUCCUCUGAUUCCAAUAAAUCGAGCAAAAGCUUGCAGCUGGAUAUAAUCCCAGCCAGUGUCCCUGGGUCAGAGGUGAAACUGCGUGAUGCUGCUCAUGAGCUUAACGAAGAGAAAAGAAAGUCUGCCCGCAGGAAAGAGUUCAUUAUGGCUGAGCUAAUUCAGACAGAAAAGGCUUACGUAAGAGACCUCCGGGAGUGCAUGGAUACAUAUCUAUGGGAAAUGACAAGCGGAGUUGAGGAGAUCCCACCUGGUAUUGUAAACAAAGAACACAUUAUCUUUGGAAACAUGCAGGAAAUCUAUGAGUUCCACAAUAAUAUAUUCCUCAAGGAGCUGGAAAAAUAUGAACAAUUACCAGAAGAUGUUGGACACUGCUUCGUUACUUGGGCAGACAAAUUCCAAAUGUACGUUACUUACUGUAAAAAUAAGCCAGAUUCUACCCAGCUGAUAUUAGAACAUGCAGGAGCAUACUUUGAUGAGAUACAACAACGACAUGGACUGGCCAACUCCAUCUCCUCAUACCUUAUCAAACCUGUCCAAAGGAUAACAAAAUACCAGCUUCUUUUAAAGGAGCUGCUCACGUGCUGUGAAGAAGGUAAAGGUGAGAUUAAGGAUGGCCUGGAGGUGAUGCUUAGUGUGCCAAAGCGAGCUAAUGACGCCAUGCACCUCAGCAUGCUGGAAGGCUUUGAUGAAAAUAUAGAAUCUCAGGGAGAGCUCAUCCUUCAAGAAUCCUUCCAAGUGUGGGACCCUAAAACUCUAAUUCGAAAGGGAAGAGAGAGGCACCUUUUCCUUUUUGAGAUGUCCUUGGUUUUCAGUAAAGAAGUAAAGGACUCCAGUGGAAGGAGCAAGUACAUUUACAAGAGUAAACUGUUCACUUCUGAGCUGGGUGUCACAGAACACGUAGAAGGAGAUCCCUGUAAGUUUGCUCUGUGGGUUGGAAGGACACCAACUUCAGACAACAAAAUUGUUCUCAAGGCAUCCAGUAUAGAGAAUAAACAGGACUGGAUCAAACACAUCCGGGAAGUGAUACAAGAAAGGACCAUUCAUCUGAAAGGAGCAUUGAAAGAGCCGAUCCACAUCCCCAAAACCGCACCAACAACAAAACAGAAAGGAAGAAGAGACGGCGAGGACCUGGACAGCCAGGGAGAUGGUAGCAGCCAACCUGAUACUAUUUCAAUUGCCUCACGAACCUCACAGAACACGCUAGACAGUGAUAAG